AAGUGACUAAUCGUAAUUUCAUCUCAAUCGUUUUCCAAUUGUGAAACAGGCGACCUGAGCAAGUGCGUAAUUUCGUUGCGAUUUCAAAUAUCCAGCGGUACGACCGUGUUUUUGUUUCCUCGUUUUGAAAAGGCUUAACUACGAUUAUCCAAGAUGACCAAGUUGUUACAACAGUUAAAUUUUAGUAGUAGUAAUUACUACGAUGUCGCCACUACCAUCUUGGAACCCGAGACUCCUCAGGUCAAGAAGUACCAUGGCGACGGCGCGUCUUUGAGCGCUGCCGGCAGCAAGCGCUCGGCUUUGUCGGCUUCCGACGCCGAGUGUUUCUCGCUGUGCCUGGGCGCCGGGCCUCUGUGGUGGUCCGAUGUCCCUGCUCACGGCUCAGCACCGCCCGGAGGGGUGAGCAGCGGGGCCGCGAGCCCCGCAACACCGUCCACCCCCAUCCACGACGACAACAACCGCGACUUGUUAAGCGCCUUACUAUGGGCCAGCGCCAGUUCCUUGAGCAGCAGCGCCGAAAGCCUCGCCACCGAGGCCUCGCAGACCCAUCCCGCGCUACACCCGCAGAGGAGAGAAGCGGUAAUAAGCAAGAUCCUCGAGCGCAAAGACCGCCAGCCAGUGAAGAUUGACUUUAAGAUAUUCCUCACUGAGAACACGAUCACUCGCUGGGAAGCUGUGGUCAAAGGCGGUACCAUCUAUCUGCGCGUGCCGGGUGUACUCCAGGCUGGCAGCAAGGAAAGCUUCAUGCUUCUCCUGGACUUUGCUGAAGAGCGUCUCGGUUGCACCAACUGCAUAAUCUGCGUCCUCAAGGACCGCUCUGAUCGGGCGACACUGCUGCGCACUUUCAUGUUCAUGGGAUUCCAAGUUCUGCCACCCAACUCACCGCUUAUGCAAGAGAUCAAUAACCCAGAAUACAUUUUCUUGCACUACAACAUGCAAUAACUGUCUUCGGUGUUGCCAUGUAGCGAUUUUCUACCAUUAUAGUAGCUUUUUCGGCACAUCACGUUUUUUUUUGCAUUAAUUUCUCAUAUUAGAUUGUCACUAGUGGUAGUAUUUUUCCCAUUUAGCGUGGGAUAAAGACAAGUAGGCGAAUACUAGUGGCUAUAAUUUGGUAUCGCCGAAGACAACGACCGCAUACUGUAGCGCCACUACUGUAUUUUGGUCCCAAAUUCAAAUUACUUUUUUGACCCAAAACCACUUCAUCCGUUAAUAUUCUAGUGGCGUUGCAGUAAACGGUCAUUCAUGUGACAGCCAAAUUUAACAAUAUUUCUUUUUUACUAAGUAGUUUUUCAGAGCUGUCAUAAGUAUUGCAUUAAUAAAAAAAUACAGUAUUCUAUUGCACUUUUUCAUGUAAAAUCACUUGGCUUGCAUAGUGGUAAGGCGCCAACAAGUCUCUUUUAUAGUAUUUAGAUUUUAGUAUAUUCUUAUUAUUGUAGAAACUCGUGUUUUUAUAGAUUUUAUUCCUUAACACAAAGGGCUCAAAAUCACCCAUGAAUCAAUUAAAAAUAAAGCCCAAAGAAGAUACAAACACUAUGUUGUUAGACUUGAUUCUGGAGCAAAAUCAUACAAAGCACGAGUUAGUAGUAGUAAUUUUUUUUCUACGAUGUCAGCUUUGAAAUCUUCGCUUUUCGUGUCACGACUUUUUGCGAUUCAAAACUGGCGUGGUAGAAAUUUUCAUAAUUUUUUUCUUAACUUGAAUUAUAUUAUUAUUGUACCUAUCGGAAAGUAUAUGUCGUCGUGUAAGUUCACCCAUUCCGGGGUAGAGCCCGAAAAAUUAAAAAAAAAAUAUAUAAAAAUAAAAAAAAGUAAAAAAAAUGUUUUAAUUAUAAUAAAAAGUUCCCAGACACAUUUAUACAUUUAAAAAAAUAGUAUUUUUUGACGUACGUUCGCCGAUUUUUUGUAACAAUAAAAAAAUUAACACCUACUUUUUUAAUAUCUUAGCUGUGUACUGCAUUUUGUAUAUAGGAUAACUUAGAUCGGCGUGUGUACGUAUUAAGUUUUCACGAGUUUAUAAUCACACUUUAUUGGGAAUGUAAAGACGUUUGCACAUUAAAGAUCUGAUCAAACAGGCAAAUACCGCAUUGGAAGAGGCACGCUCUUUUGAGCGAUUCGCUCGCUCGGUUAGCCUCAAACAGCCGCGACUUACCGCGUCUUAUUCUUGACUUCUAGAGGAAUGUCUCUCAACUUAAAGAAGUUUUACUGUUACCAAAAGCAAAAGAUGUGGCGUCGCGUUUAAAUUUCGUGUCAGUUUGAAAACGCCCAUACGAGUUAGAUGACAUAAUCGGCGCGAGCGAUUUCCGCCCCACGUCCUGCGCGCAUUCUCCUCAGUUUGAACAUAGCUUAGUUCGGAGGUAUUAAUAGAAAAUACAAAAAUAACAGUAUUAUGUGCAGACAGCCUUACACUGUGACCUAACACCUAAAAAAAAAUAUAACUUAGCAAGUAAGCGGUUUGUGUUUAAUUCCUUUAUAUUAUAUUAUAAUUAUAAUCUAACGCUUUAUUUUAUGUUUUUUUUUCAUUUCUGUAUUAAAAUUGAAUUUUCUUUCCAAUAAACUUAUUUCCAAUAAUCAAAUCGUUUCAAUAUUUAUUAUAUUAUUCAUAUUAAACUAUUUUUUUUUAAAUAAAAAAUGAACCCCCAAACAGAACUUGCAAUAGUAUAGUUUAUAUAUACUUAACCAAUAAAAACAUGUAAUGUAUAUUUUACUUGAAAAAAAAAAACAUAAACUAAAGCGUCACUUGAAUCAUAUUAUAAGUAAUCUUAUACUUUACUUUAUUCUAGUAACGAUUACUUGUAAGAUAUUUUAAGUAACGAUAGAUUUUCUCACUGGCCCCUCAUGUCAUAGAGCAAAUAGUGCUACUAGAAGUUUCUGUAAUAAUAAUUAUCGACCUAGCAUUUAUUUGUUUUGAUUAAUUAAUUACUAUUUGAUUUAACCAUUACGGAAAUUAUAAUCUAAAAUUAUUCAUUCACUAUUAAAAAAUGUCUACGAAAUAAAAUUGACACUAGCAUUCAGUUGCAAGACGUGUUGUAUGCCCUUUGAAGGGUUGCUAUAUUUUAACACUCAAAAUUUAAAUUAAUCUUAUCUUAAAAAACUACUAUCGAUAAUGUAUUCGAGUCUUGUUGUGUACCUUCACUCAAUUCAAACAGUAUUGAUUAAAACUACUUGUUAAGUUGUCAUUUGUUAGUCUGUUUCUUCUGUUGGAAAAUAAUAAAUCCUAAGGCUGUGGAUAGAAACCGAUCAGGGAUAUGGGUUUAAUACGUGUUAUUAUAAUACAUACUAAAAUAAGUUUGAACUCAUAAACAGAUGUUACAAACAACGGGAGCUCCGUUUGAAUUAUUUGUUCUAUGACUAUAAUUGCAAUUUUGCAGUAUUUAGUUAAGUAUUACUUAUUUCCAGGGGCCGUGUGAAUAGUUUUAGUUGGUAAGUUUAAUGAAAUACUUAAUGGAAAAAAAAAAUUAAAAAGUAAUAUUAAUCA